AUGGAAGAGACUGCACAACAAAUCAAGCGUCCUUUUGGAAUUCCUGAAAAGCCAGAAUUCACUGUUGGGUUGGAUGUAGCAUUGAGCAAGUUGAAAAUGGAUGUUCUCAGGGAAGGUGUGUCCAUAAUCGUGUUGACUGGUUUGGGAGGAUCGGGGAAAACCACUCUGGCGACAAUGCUCUGUUGGGAUGAACAAGUCAUGGGUAAAUUCAAGGAAAAUAUUUUAUUUGUCACCUUCUCUAAAGCGCCUAAGUUGAAGAUUGUUGUAGAAAGACUAUUUGAACACUUUAGAUUUCAAGUGCCGGAGUUUCAAAGCGAUGGAGAUGCAGUUAAUCAAUUGGGACUUUUGCUGAGGAAAAUUGAUGCAAAUCCAAUGUUGUUGGUCCUGGAUGAUGUUUGGCCCGGCUCAGAAGCCGUUGUUGAGAAACUUAAAUUUCAGAUAUCAGAUUAUAAAAUUUUGGUGAUUUCAAGGGUUGCAUUUCCUAGAUUUGGCACUUCACUCGUCUUAAAACCUCUUGAUCAUGAAGAUGCAAUAACCCUUUUCCGACAUCAUGCUUUCUUGGAAAAAAGAAGUUCAAAUAUUCCUGACGAGGAUCUUAUCCAAAAGGUGGUGAGACAUUGCAAGGGUUUACCGCUUGCCAUUAAAGUGAUUGGUAGAUCACUCAGUCAUCGGUCUAUUGAGUUGUGGCAAAAGACAGUGAAGGAGUUGUCACAAGGUCAUUCUAUACUUGAUUCUAACUCUGAAUUACUUACUUCCCUCCAAAAGAUCUUGGAUCUAUUGGAAGAUAAUCCCAUCAUAGAGUGCUUCAUGGACUUAGCGUUAUUUCCUGAAAACCAAAGAAUUCCUGUUGCUGCUCUCAUUGAUAUGUGGGUUGAGCUGUAUGGACUAGAUAAUUAUGGCAUAAAAGCAAUUGCCACUGUCAACAGAUUGGAUUCCAUGAAUUUGGCUAAUGUCUUAGUAACAAGGAAAAACACAAGUGACACGGACAGUUAUUACUACAAUAACCAUUUCAUCAUCCUUCAUGAUAUUCUCAGAGACUUGGCAAUUUACCAAAGCAACCAUGCCCAAAUUGAACUGAGAAGAAGACUGAUGAUUGACAUCAAUGAAAAUAAACCUGAAGGGUCUCUUGGAGAGAAGCAGCAAGGCAUGAUGAACCGCAUAUUGCCAAAUAAUUUUAGAUGGUGUGAUGAACGGGAAACCCAACAGAUUCCUGCACGGACAUUGUCUAUAUCAACUGAUGAAACUUACACUUCAUAUUGGCCGCAACUACAACCAGCUCAAGCUGAGGUUCUGAUUUUAAACCUUCGAACUAAUCAGUACUCCUUUCCAAAGUUCCUGAAAGAAAUGAGUAAACUAAAAGUUCUGAUAGUCAUGAAUAAUGGUUUCCAUCCUAGUGAAUUGAUAAAUUUUGACCUACUUGGCUCUUUAUCACACCUAAAAAGAAUGAGACUAGAGAGGAUUUCUAUUCCUUCCUUUGUCACAUUGAGAAAUCUUAAAAAGUUAUCCCUCUACUUGUGUGAUACAAGACAGGCUUUUGGAAACUGUGACAUGCUAAUUUCAGAUGCUUUUCCAAAUCUAGAGGAAUUGAAUAUUGAUUAUUGCAAAGAUAUGGUUGGAUUGCCUAAGGGGCUGUGUGAUAUCACCUCCUUGAAGAUGCUCAGUAUUAGUAAUUGCCAUAAGCUUUCUGCAUUGCCCCAUGAAAUUGGAAACUUGGUGAAUUUGAAACUUCUGAGGCUAAGCUCCUGUACUGAUUUGGAACGGAUACCAAAUUCUGUUGGAAUUCUUUCAAAUCUAAGACACAUGGACAUCUCAAACUGCAUAAGCCUUCCUAAUUUACCUGAGGAAUUUGGUAAUCUAUGUAAUCUAAGAACUCUCUACAUGACAAGUUGUACAAGGUGUGAAUUGCCAUCCUCAACCAUCAACCUUAAGAAUUUAAAGGAGGUGGUAUGCGAUGAAGAGACGGCUGUUUCAUGGGAAGCUUUCAAACCAUUGCUUCCGAAUCUGAAGAUAAAUGUUCCUCAACUUGAUGUCAACUUGAAUUGGCUUCAUGCAAUUCACUCCUAA